AUGCUGCACACGUCUUUCAUCGCACACCGCGUUGCCGCUGAGGCCACCGCGGCGCCGAUCUCGUACCGGCAUCAAGAGAAAAUUCGCCUCUACCGUAGCUUGUUGAAAGGGGCGCACGGCUUCCCGUUGCGCUCGCGCCGUGACGUCAUUACCGAGGAGGUGCGGUGUACUUUCCGAGACCCAAACAAUGAGCAGCUGAGCGAGAAGGACAUUGACUACCGGCUUAUCCUCGGAUGGGAACGGGCCAAGUCGAUCAAGACGUACGCACAAAAUAUGCACUGGUUUCACUCGCGAGAUGAGGUAACGAAGGAGAUGAUGUACUUCUCCGAAGAGCGGGACCGCAAGAAGAUGGCAGAGAUGCGCCGCUUCAACCAGGUCGGCGAUGUCCGCCGCAAGACUCAAGAGGUGACGGAGUUCAAGUCCACUUACUACAAUGUCCACCCCGACUAUCACUGGAAAAUUGGCCAGAAGCCGCUGACUCACUCACGGGACGUGUGGCGCGCACGUGGGCAGUACGGCUCGGACGUGGGCGGACCGCGGCAGAAGUUUUUUGUGCGUCGCUUCAAGGCCAUGUUUCCGCAAGGCUGGUGA